GCGUCUGUAGAAUGAAUUCCACGGUGUCGUCAGUUCCGUAAAGUGUUCCUCCUGGCUUCAAUAAAAAAAGAAGGUAGAGGAUUAUUUACGAAUAGACGGAAGUUGAUUCCUAAAUUAGAGCAUUGCAUUGUUUCCCACGGGGCAGUUUUUUUCCUUUGACUGUCAGAAGACACAUCAGUCUCCACUCUCUAAGCCGCGCAUGAACUGGGAUGCACUGACGUUAGCCUCUUAUUAGCUUACUCGCUAGCUUCCCCGAACAGCUCUGUUUUUACGACGGGACCAAGCACACCUUCUAGUGCAUUAUGACAGACAGCAUUAUGAGUAAAGCUGCCACAAUGGAGAUUCCAAUCAACAGUAAUGGUGACACAGGGACACUACCAGAAGAUGACAGCCUUGAACAGGCUGCAAAACUGCAGUGGAACUUAGAUGAGAAGGUAGGGAGCUCCAGAGGCACCAGGGACCUACAGCAGGUGAUGGUAUCGGGUCCCAAUCUCAACGAGACUAGCAUUGUAUCUGGGGGUUAUGGAGGAACAGCCGAGGGUAUCAUCCCCACCAGCUCAAUCAAAGAUCUGCGUAUGGAGUCCAGGCAAAGUAGCGUUCCCCCAAGCACUUCUGUCUUCUGCCACAUAGCAAGCCAAUCAAAUGAAUGCCAAGGUUCAAACAUGCACCACAGCAGCAGCAGCUCGUCAUUGACGGCAGAGGAAGUGACCCGCGGUGUGGCUGUGGAAAAACUAGAAACCAUGAAGAAGUGGGGUUUCAACACUUACAAGUGUACAAAGCAAAUGAUCUCAGAGCGUUUUGGUCGGGGUUCACGGACUGUGGACCUGGAGCUGGAGGCCCAGAUUGAGGUGCUGAGAGACACUAAAAAGAAAUAUGAGAGUGUGCUGCGAUUGGCCAGAGCGCUGACCAACCACUUCUACAACAUGGUGCAGACACAGCAUGCGCUGGGUGACACCUUUGCUGACCUCAGUCAGAAAUCUCCAGAGCUACGGGAUGAGUUUGGCUACAAUGCAGAGACUCAGAAGUUGCUGUGUAAGAACGGGGAGACUCUACUUGGUGCCAUUAACUUUUUUGUGUCCAGCAUCAACACACUGGUCAAAAAGACCAUGGAGGACACCCUAAUGACAAUCAAGAUGUAUGAAAAUGCCAGACUGGAGUUUGAUGCCUACCGGUCGGACCUAGAAGAACUCAGUCUGGGUCCGAGGGAUGCUGUUGCCAUGGCCCGCAUAGAUGCGGCUCAGCAACAGUACCAAGUCCAGAAGGACAAGUAUGAACGCCUUCGCUCGGACGUCAUCAUUAAACUCAAGUUCCUGGAGGAGAAUAAGGUGAAGGUGAUGCAUAAGCAGCUCCUCCUCUUCCAUAAUGCCAUCUCAGCAUACUUUGCUGGCAACCAGCAGCAGCUGGAGCAGACGCUGAAGCAGUUCAACAUUAAGUUGAGGCCUCCAGGGGCCGACAAGCCCUCCUGGUUAGAGGAGCAGUGAGAGGGUCUACUGGACCUCCUGCAGCCUUUCUCUCGACCAUCCCCACCUGUUACCAGUUGAAACCCCCAGCUUACAGAGGACCACAACAGAGGGAAACGCAUACAAAUAACUGGAUGGAUGAAGACGUGAGAGAAGCGUGUGGCUGGAUUGGACAGAUGGAUUCCAGGGUAUUAUUGAUGAGUGGGCUAAAUACAGCAGGAAACUAAGUGGCCAGUUUCAUGAACAGUCAGGGGGCUUUUAGUGCCUCUUCUCAACUUCCUUAUUUUCCAAUCUAACCUUUUCUUUGUGCUUUGUUCCCAGAGGACUUUGUCUCUCCCACCAUUCCCUCUCCCCUAUUUGUCUUAACCCCCUUAUAUCUCUACACUAUUUUGCUGUGUGAGCUUGUGUUAGUCAUGUUGAUGGCCAUUAUUGUACUCCUCAAGUGCUCCCAGUGCUCUGGCGUUAAACUUCAACCCCCCACCAUCUUGGUAACAGAGACAGAUGACAAAAGAAAAAUGAUUAAACUGAUCAAACACUCUCAGAUGUAACCAAAUACUACAUCAAAAGACCUUAUCACUAUGCUUGUGUGCCUCCAUAUAUAUGAACUAGCAUACUUAAUGAGCAUGUGGCCUGCAGGAAGUAAAUUAAGUUCAUAGAAUUCAAACUACACAUGAAGUGGAUUUGUAUGUAACACUGAAAAAGAAAUGGCCAGACAUUUCAAAUUAAUGUAUAUGUCAAAUGAAGUACUGUUUCACUUUUGAAAUAAAUAGUAUAUGAUCGUUUGUAGCUCAUAAAAAAAAAAAACACAAUGCUGUGUUUAGUUUUUGCUAGGUUUGACUGACAUCUCUUUAUUUUGUCAUUACUUCAGUUCUAGUCGGCUUGCAUGUCAUAUGCUUCAGAAUGAAGGACAGCAUACAGUUUGGCAGUGUGUGCUAGUGAUUUAGACAGUAAGUACUGCAGAACUUAAUCUGGAAGGAUCAGAAAUGCUUAGAUUUCAAUUGUAACCUGAAAGUUCAACUCAAAUAUGCAACAAUCAUUUAAGGAACACUGCCACAACUUCCCAAAGGUAUACUGGUUGGGGUCUUUACUAAUUGUAUUUUUAUUUUCCCAAAGAGAAUUGAGAGAGAUGUUUACUGGACCAUGCUAUGUUUUCAUUGGUUGUUUAAGCAGAAUUGAUUGGUUCAGUCUCAAUGUGGACGGAGGAGGCAUUGAGGGACAGUUGAACUAUGUUAGAUGGUAUUUCAAUCAGUUAAAAUCCAACAAACUUGGAAUGGGUUCACUCCAUUAUGUUAUUGUUAACAGACUGUAUUUUAAAAGAUUUCAUUACAUUUAGUUUGUUUUCACAUUGAUACAUUGAAAUGUGUUUUUGUCUUUGUGUUUUAAAGUUAACAAGGACAUGCCAUUGACAUCUAGGGUCAUAUAUUUCAGCUCCUUAAAGGGAAUAUAUUGGUCCAUGGUUACCUUUCUUCACACUGAAGAUUACUGUAGCUGUCUAACAUUACUAAUCCAGAAUCAUGUAAAUUGUAGUUGGGUAAUAUGAUAACACUAAUGAUUCAUCAUUUGUUCAUCUCCUUUAACCGAAACACUGUCUUAGUAUAAUGGUAGUAAUACCACAAAAUAUAGGCAUGGUACUACAUAUGUAAUGUUGAACUUUUAUGCACCAUUAUAUUUAUUAUGUUCAUUGUAUGCAUUAAUCUGUAAGAAUCAACAUAUUGUUCCCUGAAACUUCUGGUUUGUGCAAAUUACUCAACUUAUGAGUAUAUCGUUUAUAGUGUUUUGCAGAUGACACAUGAAAAGAGGCUAACCAAAUAUGUUAUUGAUAAACUUCAAACAAUAUUUCUAAACUAACUGAUGAAAAGUGGUUUAUGUUCCCAGUGUCCAACCUCUGAAGACAAAUGAAGAUAAUCUGGAAUAAUGAAUGUUUUACCAUGCUGAAUUGAACUCCUGAUCAGUUAACGGGUCAGUCGUCCAGCUUCUUGUCUCCUCUGUAUUUGCAUGGCAGACAGCGAUCCAGAGUACAGGUGCAGAUAUGUGUGACUGCACUGAUGCUCUGCUCUUGGCUUUCUGCGUGCCAGCUUGCAUGAACUAGCAUAACACCUUGAUUACGGUUGUUGGUUUAAAUUUUGAAAUCCAAAAUGUGGGUUUCCUUUUCAUGCUGCACAUUUGAGGAGAUUUGUGAAAGGAAGUGGAUUGGAUUUUUGGUUGAAAAGCAGGUAUCAAAAAUUGAUUCUAUGGUUUGUUUGACUUGUGUUUUCUGAGAUCAUAUGUGUCAGUGUGUCAAAUGGGUGUAUUUUAUUCUGGCUGAGAAAGACCUGGGCCACACUUUAGGCUAAAAUCGCAGUUUCACUGUCCAGCUCCUGGUCUGUUUGACCAUCACACAGCAAUAUUUAAAAAAUGUGACUCCUCUUUUCCAAACCUGCCUGUUUGUAACUCCUAACCCUAUCACCGAAACAAAUGGCAAUAGGAUAUCUUUUGUUCCAUAACCAAACCACCAGUAAAUUGAAUAAGUGUGACAAGCAUUUAAAGUCACUCUUACUAGCAGUCUUUAAGAUCUUUGCAGAGAUAGAACCAAGAUUUAUAAAAUAAGAUAUUUUCUUUGUACAAUCAAUAUUUUUUAGGCUGAGCUGGUGUAUUGUACUGUAUGAACGAUUGCACAUAAUGGUAUUUAAGAUGAUAAAUGAAGUUGUUUCAUGGAUUGAUGUGAUACUCUGCUUUCAUUCCUCACUCAGACCUGAAUAGUCCCACCCCACUCAAAGGGAACACAAUUAAAAGUACAGAUUUUCAAAUCCU